UUCACAAAUAAAAUCAUUUGAAAGCUGUCAAAUACAUUUUAGCCGUGCGGUUUGCUCUGCAAGUUUAGCACAAAAUUGCAUUAGUUGGAAGUGAUCGUUACAGUUACUUUUAUCUGGAGUAGCUGCAGCUUGCGUUAUUAAGUGUUUCCAUUCGGGCUUUUCGAUCCAAUAUUAAGGUUGCUCAUUUGUUUCGUACGUAAAUAUUUGAGUGAAGAUGCUUUUGCGUGUGGCAUUAGGACGGCCAGUUUUGACUACUUCGUUGGCCAAAACCACUUUUCAAGUAAAUUUUCGUCAACAGCCACUUUUGCUACGACAAUUUGCUAGAGACAGUCGCGGAUCUUAUAUUCGAACGCAACUGAAGCAGAAACCGACCUUGAAGGAAAGGAUUUUGGCACCGGCAGGCCCAAAUGCAUUUGCGAUUGGGAAAGGAGCACUUGCCGGCGGCUCAGUGCUUGGACUGGGCGCACUUUGCUACUAUGGACUCGGACUUGGAAGUCAGACUAACACUCUGAAUAAUGCAAUGUUAUGGCCGGAGCAUGUGAAGCAAAGAAUUCGUAGUACUUACGCUUAUUUCGGCGGAUCAAUUUUAAUUUCAGCUGCAAGUGCCGUGGCAGUUUUCCGCUCGCCGCGUAUGAUGAGUCUGGUGUCCAGGAAUGGUUUUUGGUCUAUAAUGGCAACAAUGGCUGCUAUGAUUGGGAGUGGAAUGGUGACUCGUAGCAUUCCCUACGAACAAGGGGUUGGCACUAAGCAACUGGCUUGGCUUGUACAUUGCGGUAUACUAGGAGCUGUAAUUGCUCCAAUGUGCUUCCUUGGGGGACCAAUCCUCACACGAGCUGCUUGCUACACCGCUGGCGUUGUCGGAGGACUGUCGGCAGUUGCUGUUUGUGCACCAAGCGAUAAAUUCCUCUACAUGGGCGGUCCACUGGCAAUCGGUUUGGGAGUCGUGUUCGCAUCAUCUCUUGGCUCAAUGUUUCUGCCCCCAACCACAGCUCUUGGCGCGGGUCUUUACUCAAUGUCUUUGUACGGAGGUCUCCUUCUCUUCAGUGGCUUCCUUUUGUACGAUACACAACGAAUAAUUCGCAAAGCUGAAACAUAUCCAUUGUAUGCAGCUAGGCCUUACGAUCCGAUUAAUGCAGCGAUCUCUAUCUACCUGGACACAUUGAACAUUUUCAUCCGCAUUGCAUCGAUCUUGGCUGGUGGUGGAGGCAGGAGGAAAUAAAUUAGAAAGUGGCGAGAACAGAUUAGCAUGUAACGAUUUUUUUUUUAAUUUACUAGUAACCUUUUAUUUAUUGUAUUUUACUUCACAAAGUGAUUACUGACCGCAUUAAGUACCAUCAGAAACUGGACUCUUGGAUUAGUAUAUUAUGCACAUAAAUAAAUUCCGAUCGGAAAGACUAUUGUAAAUACUUAAAAAAUCGUUAAAUGGAAAGAGUUUUAUAAACUAGUUCCGGGGCUGUGUACGUUGAUAAGUCGAUUUCGCUUUAAUAAAAUUAUUUUAAAUCUAAAA